AUGUUUCAUAGUUUAUUGUCGCUAACAAUUAUAAUGAUAAUAAUUUGCAUAUCAAUGGUUUACUGUAAGCCUAUAAUCAUUACUGAAUUACCGGAGGAAAACAAGUCGCCGAUAAUUGUUGGAAAUUCAUUGGAAACACCACUAAAUGUUGAAUCAGAUGAAUCACCAGUUAAUGAUUCACAUGAAGUAAUGAUUAUCAACAGAAAUAAGAGGACAAUCAGUUUGCAGACAAUGACUCAACUGUGGAGAGCCAAAGGCGAGCUAAAGAUAGCGCUUCUCAAGUUCUGGAUAUUUAAGAUACGGAUUAUGAUCCGAUUGAUUGCCGGUAUGUUUGGUAUCAGACCUCGUCGACAGAGACCUAAUAAUAAUUAUCAACAACAACAACAACAACAACAACAGUACAAUCCCAAUGAUGGCACACAAUAUAUGAUACCCAACUUGAAUAUCGGUCCCAAUGUUAACCAAAACCAAAAUCAAUACCAGAAUCCAAUGAAUGGCAAUAAUAAUAAUAAUAAUCCAAAUGUUAACCAAAAGCAAUAUCCAGAAUAUCCAUUGAAUGGCAAUACUAACAAUAAUAAUGAUAAUAAUGAUAAUAAUAAUCCAAUGAAUCAAUUGUUUGCCAAUUCAAUGAGUAAUGCCAAUCAAUAUAAUUAUCUGAAUCGCUAUAAUAGUCAACAACAACAAGAUUUUGGUGGUAAUGACCAAGAUUAUGAAUUUGUCAAUUAUGACUUCCGAUUAGUUCCCGAAGAUUUUGCCACUCGAGACUUGGAGAUGAUAGGCGAUUGGUUUUAUAGAUUAUGGCAUAAAUUUUUAGAACGACGAAAACUUUGUGUCGGCCGCUCUGUUCGGUGCCGUAGAGGACGGAAAUCUUAAUGCCAUCCAUGAGCUGUUCCUCAUGUCUAAUGUCGAUCCCAAUCAAUGCAAUCGGCAUGGAGAGUCACUAUUACACUACUGUUCCGGUUUAGGAUAUCUGGAUAUUUUGAAGUUUUUACAUCAAAAAGGUGCCGAUAUUAAUGUCACAGAUGAUAGAGGCGAUUCAAUAGUACAUUGGUGUGCCCGACAAAAUCAUCCGUCAAUUAUCCGUUACUUUUACGAUACCAUAGCCAAUAUCAACCAAUUUAACAAAAAUUUGGAGACACCGUUACAUGUGGCCGCCCGGUACGGACACGUGGAGGCUAUUGAACAACUUUGCAAAUGUGGGGCCAAUGUUAACGCAAUUGAUGAGCACGGGGAGACAGCUAUGUUGAUAGCCGUAUGGCAUGGUUUCCCAAAAAUAGUACAUAUAUUAGGAGAAGUGGGCGCUCAGACUGAUAUCAAAAAUAAGGAGGGCGAGACAGCAUUGCACGUGGCGUCAGCCAGAGGUCAUAUCGAGUGUGUCCGCUGUCUACUGGAAGCCGGUGCCCGAACUGACGUCCGAAAUAAGAACUCGUACACACCGUUACAUUUGUCGCUGAAGAGACAGCACGUCGGUGUCGCCCAACUGAUACUGCGGGCCGGAGCCGAUAUCGAGGCCGUCGACGAUCGGGGCGAACGGCCAAUACAUUACGCUUCCCGAUCUAAUUUGCUACAGAUAUGCCAACACCUGUGCUCACUGGGCUGUAAUGUUAAUGCGUCCAACAAAAGCGGUUUAUAUCCCUUACAUUUAGCGGCAAAGAACGGUCACAUAGAGAUUGUCCGCUGUCUUUGUCUGGCCGGCAGUAUUGUCGACCAGAAGAAUCGUGACGCCAUUAUACCGCAAAUCUGUGCAAUAGCUCAGAACCAUAACGAAAUUGCCGACCUAUUGACCCGUUUAAGAAAUGAACAGACAAAAGAAGAAUAUAUAUUACAGUUGUCUUCAUCCAGCGGUGGUAGCGGUAGUGGUAGUAAUAACAAUAAUAAUAGUAGUAGUAUUAGUCAACCCAUACAACGAUUCAAAUUGAAGAUUAUGGGUCACUCGGGUUCAGGAAAGACAACACUAAUCGAGUCACUAAAGUGCGGUUACUUUAGCAGUUGGUUUAGGCGGUCAACUAAAUCGAUGAAUCAGUCACCGCAGCCAUCGAAAAUGAUACCAGAAUUUCCAUCAAACGGUUGGUCAUCAACAACAACUACAACAACUGAUCCAUCAUCGACGCCAACAACACCUACAACACCGAUAUCAACAAUAACAGCUCAAUUUGAAGCAAAUUUGAUGACAAAUCAUCGCGAGAACUGUACUUUGGGUAUCGAUUGCCAACAGGUAACCAUUUCGGGUGUCGGCGAUAUGAGUAUCUGGGAGUUUAGCGGAAACGAGUCAUACUAUCAAAUCUAUGACCACUUUGUCGGCAGCAAUAACUGUUUGCAUGCCAUCGUCUUUCGGCUCUGUGAUAGACUUGAAGUCCAAAUACAUAGCAUAAUGUUUUGGCUGUAUUUUCUGCAAAGUCGGACACCGGUAACCGAACCGUUAACCUAUUGCGGAAAGAGUAGCAAACCAUCAAAAGUAAUCAUUAUUGCCACUCACGCCGAUCUGGUCAGCGGCGGAACCAGCAGUGAUGAGAUACAGAGUAACCUAAAGACUAUUAUGCAAAGCGUGGGCAAUAAGUUUGACCACAUUUUCGACAUUCACGAACACAUCUUCGUAAUGGACGCCAUGGCUGUCGGUUCGCCGGCUAUGAAACAAUUGAAACAACAUCUGAGUUCAAUGAAACCGGUUGUCCUGCAAGGCAUACCUCAUUCGACCGGUUUCUUGGAAUCGGUAAUGACUUUUCUAAAUAUUUGCCGAAAAGCGUCGACCAAUUUUCCAGUUCUGUCGUCAAAUCAAUUCAAAGAGAUUAUCCGAUCGCAAAUCAAUCCGUUGGCCAGCGAUGAACAUUUCAAAGAAAUUCUAUUACAAUUGCAAACAAUGGGCGAAGUUUUAUACUUAAAGGCUAAGACAGAGAACAGUCAGGAUCUGAUUGUAUUGAAUCCCCGUUGGCUUACCAUCGAUAUAAUUGGCAACUUUUUGAGUCGCGAUUACAAUUGCAAAAGUCGUAUAACUGGUACCUAUUCUAUUGAUGACAUACAGAUGGAAUUGCCGGAUACCGAUGCUCUCGAUUUGCUACAAGUGCUCGAAGCCAUCUCCCUAUGCAUCCAAUGCGAUCACGAAGGAGACAUUGCCUACGAAUUUCCCUGUUUUAUACUCAGAGAACCAAUUGAUGAUAUUUGGCCUCAAAAUAAUAUCAUUUACGCCGACGGCGCCUACUGUGGUGUACGCAUCCAAUGCGAACCCGAGGUCCCCAGCGGUCAGAUACUGGUCUGUCUAUUCUCACGCAUACAGAUAUGUCUGAGAAGUGCCGUUAAGUCACAUCCGGACUUUGAAGUCUACGAACUGUACAAUUGGUUCAAACAAACUAAACUAACUGUCGGCCCAUUGGAAGCGCUCAUCACCGCCAACGCCAUCAGCGAAUCAAUUGAAGUCAGACUUCGCGGACCAAAACACAUGCGGAUCGAGUGCUUUCUAUUCAUGGAAGACAUACUUAAUAUUAUCGACACCAGUGUCUCGCAGAUAUGUCCCGGUUUUGUCUUCGAGAGACACUAUUUCUCGCCAAAACACUUGAGUGAACACAAAGAGAAUCUCUCGUCAUAUUCUUCGUAUUCAAUUCUCAAAGCAUUGUUAUCGUCGGAUAACAGCGAAUCAGUGGUCAAACAGACGAUCAAAAGUAGCGAUUCGGUGAUCGAAGAGAAAAUCUCAGACAUAAUUUGUUUCGGAAUCGAUGACAUCAAUUCCAUACGAAGAACCAACAAAUUUACGUCAAUUCCUUCAUUCAGUUCCUUAAUGUCGUCACCGGUUUCGUCGCCGGCGUUCAAGUGGACAGAAGGCGGACCAACACUAGUGCCGAGUCUUCAUUCGUCCAAUUUAUCGCUUCUAACAAAACAACGUCUGUGCGCUGUCUUGGAUCCGCCCGAACCCAUUGGCCGGGACUGGUGUAUGUUAGGCAUACUAUUGGGAAUGACCGAUAAGCUGCCAAAAUUAGAUCCCGGAGCCAAUGCACAGCUCAGUCCUACCGCCCGUGUAAUCGACGAAUGCAUUCGAGAGCCGACGUCUACCAUCAGAGUGUUGGUCAAGAAAUUGGAAGAAUUGACUCGAAUCGACGCCAUCGAUGUCAUACUCAAGACGGGACCACUGUUCAGGAUAUUUCCAACAUCAUCGCAACCGGAAGGAUGUCUGCCCUAUAAUGACGAAACCGGAACAGUUAGCAGUGGUAUCAGUAGCGGAUCCCAGGCUUCCAGUUCUAACCUUUCGCGAUGAUGUCAUCCGUCCGUCCACUUUCAUACACCAAUCAAUCAGACCAUCCAUUUUCAUGCCAUUUAUAUU